AUGUUGGCUAUCGUUCUUCUCGCAAUGAGAACGGCUGCGGUUAUUGCUCAGUGUGACUUUGACUCACUGCGAAAUGUUGCACAUAAUAUUGGAUUUGACGUGAACUCGUUGCAGCCUUGUCACCAGCUGAUCGGUCAACUCGAGAAAUGCGAAGGGACAGAGCCCCAGAGGUUACGUAACAAGUUGGCUUAUCAAGCGGGGUUGAUUGAAUUGAGUUUGGAUGAGCCAUUGGAUGCUUUGAAAACUUUUGAGACAAUUGAAGAUCAAGAAGACGGGUAUUUUUCCUUGGCCCAGCGACAAUUGGAAGAAUUAUAUGUCAAGUUUGGCAAGCGUGAGAAGCUUAUUCUCACGGAAGGACGAAAAAUGGGCCAUGAAUUCCUUUUGCUCGAUUCAGAAAUUCAGACGUUUGUAACGAAAAAUGAGCUGCCAAGUUUAUCUGUCGUAACGCAAAUUCUUCAAAUUUGCCCAUGGAGUCUCGAGUACCGUAUCUUGGCUAACGACAUUUAUUUCCGAGAACUUGCGCAAUUGCCAGACAUCAACACGGCACAGGCAAUCGUAGCGAACUACGAGGUCGUUCUAGACAAACAUAGAAGGAAACUAAGCAUUACAGAGCGCCGUGACUUAUACUAUGCAAUCUCGACGCUUCAGUUGUAUGUUAUGUCCACAGCUCCUACGAAUGUUAAGAAAUGUAUCAACCUAGAUAUGGAUUUUCAACCUUGUCGCGAUUUAUCCAAAAUUUAUCAAAAGUUUGUGAAGACUGCACCCCCCUUUACCAGCAUGAUGGAUCCAGAUCGCUAUCUCGUACUUGAACCCUAUGAUGCGAACAAAGUAAGCGAGCUAUUGCUACAAGAUCGAAAAGCUUUUGCUUGGCUUGGAGAGCAGGCUAAUAACAACUUAUUAGCUUUGAAAGUGCACUUCAAAAAGGCCCUGCAACUCCUGCUCGAUACAAGACCGCUAUCCAAAAUGCCCUUGAAACUAUCACUGGAGCCACCCUCCCAAGGCCUUGACUUGACUUUGAAUGUUCUACUUUGUGAUGCUUUCAGCUCUUCUGCUGGCAGCACUAAUGCUAAGAGGCCUUGCAACGAAGCGUUGAAGCAAGCACUUUCGAAAGAGAGUUUUGAAAUUUUAUCUCAGUUUUUGACGACCUUGUCAAAGCAUGGAGAGGCCUAUGAAAUUAUUCAGAGGCUUUGGUUAAAUUAUCCACCAGUGGCAGCCCGCGCCGUCCAAUUGUUAUUACAAACAUUAUUGAGGGAGACCAAGCGUAAACCUAACGCGGAUUUGACAAAUCAAUGGAGUCAAAUUGAAAACUUCGCGAAAGAGCGACACUGGGCUUCGGCUAAAAAUGAAAAAAUCGUCGCUUUGUUUCGUGCAAUCCAAAAGGGAGUUUCAUCAAGCAGACAGAGGCAAAAUAAUAGUUUCAGAAGUCAACAACAACAACAAUUUUUUCAGGGCUUUCAGGGCCAGCGACGGGGACCCGGGCCAUCUAAAUUCUAUGGGAAAGAUUAUUACAAAGCUUUGGGUGUGAAUCAAGAUGCCGAUGAUAAAGAAGUCAGACGAGCGUAUUUAGAAUUGGCUAAGAAAAAUCACCCUGACAAACAGGGCCAAUCUGCUAACGUUGAGGAGAAAAUGGCUGCCAUCAAUGAGGCCUACGAAAUUCUGGGGGACAAUGAUAAAAGAAGAGAAUACGAUAUGCAUCGAAACGAGAAAGGCCAUGUGCUUGGGAAUGGGCCCUUUGGACAGGGAGGCGGUUCAUGGAAUUUCCAAUUUCAAUUUUAA